CGCGAGAAGACGUACCCAAAGUGGUCGAUGUCGUGCCUCACGAGGCGGAGUGAGAAUAUGGGCCGCGAGUGGCGGAUACCUCGCCGACGUCGCCCACUUCUCUCUCUCUUCUUUAUUAGUACUCAUCUGCACGUAAAAUUAUACAAACCAGGCAACAAAACAGCGUACCCGUCUCGGCUUUCUCUUCUUCCUCUUUUAUUAUCAUUAUAAUAUCUAUUAUUAUUAUUAUUAUUAUUAUGAGAGAGAAGCGUUCGGCGGGUGGAAUUCUCUGUUGCAGGCGAGGAAAAGAGAGCUGUCACGUUGAUAUGACUCGCUCUUUUUAGAUUUCUCACGCCUUUUUUCGUCUCUCUCUUGGCGCGUGUUUUGUUCUGUGGAGAGGGCUUGGGGCAUGGCGUCGGGCUUCUCCGGCCGCUGCGGUGUGCAAUCCCCGAUCGCGACGCGUUCGGAAGCUGGAACCGGUGCUAUUCUGAAGCGAUCGCUUACGGAAAGGGAGAGGUUGCAGCAGCAGCAGCAGAUGCAGUUACAGGACGCGCUUCGAUCCGUAAAGCAGAGGACGCUUCUUGCCUCCUCCGCUUCCUCCCACCUUCCUCCACCUCCUCCUGUCGACCUGUCUUCGGGCUCCUCAUCAUUAACUUCGUCGAAUUUUCCGGCGUCCGGGUUCGCGAGGCGGCGGGAGAUGUUCUUCUCCGUCACGCAGACGGCGGCUGGCUCGGGGUCCGACAACAGGCCGUCCGCCGCGAUACAGGACCGGCUGCAGGAGCUGGAGCGGCAGCUAUUCUUGGACGAGGACGACGAGGAGGACGCGGUCAGCGCGUCAGGCUCGGCCGUGACCACCGCCGAGUGGAGCGACGCGAUGCAACAGCUCACGUCGCCGCCGUUGCCUCCGCCGGCAGCUGCGGUGGCAGCGCCGAACCAGCUCUCUCCUUCGCCCACCAACUCCUCCUCUACCGUCUCGUCCUCUGCCUCGAGCUCGCCCCCCUCGUUGUCCACGGCGGCUGCGGCUUCUUCGAGGCAGAUGCUUCUCGACACCGCCGUGGCUAUCGCUGAUGGAAACGUCGAGGCUGCCGCCGGUAACCUCGCCGUCCUGAAGCGCGCCGCGAACCACCGAGGCGACGCGGAGCAGCGGCUCACGGCGGUGAUGCUCCCCGCGCUCGUUUCUUGCAUGAAUCCGCCACCGACUGGGAACUUUUGUCCCUCGAUCGCGGAGCUCUGCAGCGCGGAACACUUUGCGGCCACGCAGGUGCUCUACGAACUCUCCCCUUGCUUCAAGCUCGGCCUCAUCGCCGCCAAUUUGGCGAUCUUGGAGGCCACCAAAGACCAUCCCAAGAUCCACAUCCUUGACUUCCAGUUUGGCCAGGGCGGCCAGUACCUCACCUUCCUCCACGCCCUCGCGGAGCGCCAGCGCCUCCGGCCCACCGCCCGUUCCCCGGUCAUCCGGAUCACCGCCGUCGCCGAUCCCUCCUCCCCAUUCACCAGGAACAACGGCGGAAACUUAAGGGCCGUGGGCCAUCAGAUCGAGAAGCUGGCGGAGCGGGCCGGCCUGGCGGUCCGGUUCGGCGUUGUCCACCGGCGGCCGGCGGAUCUGGACGCGGCAGCGCUGGGAUGCGAACCAGGAGAGGCCCUGGCGGUCAACCUGGCCUUCGCCCUCGCUCGGAUCCCGGACGAGAGCGUCUCCCCGUCGAACCCCCGCGACGAGCUCCUCCGCCGCGUGCGCGCCCUCCGGCCGCGCGUGGUGGCGAUGGUGGAGCAGGAGAUCAACACCAGCACCGCCGCCUUCGCCGCCCGCUUCGGAGAAGCGUGCGCCCACUACGGCGCGCUGCUGGAGUCACUGGACGCGACAAUGGCGCGGGACAGCGCGGAGCGGGCCCGAGUCGAGGCCUGGUUGGCUCGUCGCGCGGUCAACUCCGUGGCCACAGAGGGCGCGGACCGGGUGGAGCGGUGCGAGGUGUUCGGCAAGUGGCGCGCGCGUAUGGGGAUGGCCGGGUUCGAUCCGCUUCCGUUCGGGCCGGCUAUGAUCGAACCUGUCAAAGCCAAGCUCGCAUCGGUCCGGUCCAAUCCAGGGUUUACCAUCAAGGAGGAGGGCGGCCGGCUCGGGUUCGCGUGGAAGGACCGGGUGCUCACGGUGGCCUCUUCGUGGCGUUAGGCCGAGGGACAUCUUACCAGUCAAAUUUAUGAUAUAGUUAAUUGCUACUUGUUGGAAAUGUACCAAGCUGGCCCGCAUUUGCUUCCUGUAGGACGACGCCUUCGCUUUUUAGUGAUAAGUAUUAUGUUUGACGA